AUGCGCUUCGACUUUUCCUUCCUCUUCGGCCUCGUGGCCUGCACCUCCGCGUCGUCCGUCACCGUCUUCGACAACAACUCCUGCGCGGGCUCCGGAGACUUCACGACUGUGACGAAUUUAAAGUGCCAGGAUCUGCCCGAGCACCAGACCUUCAAGAGCACUUUGGACUCUGGCGUGAAGAUCAGUUUCUACACCCAGCCUGGUUGCAAGGGGGACGCUUUCACUCCUCCCCAGGGAUGCUGGGGUGAUCCUAGCCAGGGCACCUAUGUGUCGUUCCUAGCUGUUUAG